AUGACCGAAGGUUUACAGAAGGUUUUUGAACAUCCGAAAAUUUUAGAUGUGGAUUUUGGUGGUGGUAAAAAUGAUGUCGGUAGAAGUGAUGGCCGUGACAAUAACAAUCAUAAAAAGAGCGGACUUUACAAUAGAUGA